UGCUAAUGUUGCAUUGUGCUUCAGUCUUCUGUCAACAACCGUGUGUUUUAGUGCCUUUUAUAAGCCGCAGUGAUUCGCCCAGUGCACUAUUAUAGCGAAUAACAUUGGAACAGUCAGGUCAACUUCGCUCUAUCUGUUGUGAUGGCGCUCGUGUGUAGAGAAUCGCCAGGACUAACACGAGGUAAGAAUGAUUAUUUCUUUGUUAUAAUUGUAAAUAUUCAGCUGAACAUUGAGUGAUACUUUAUUUCUUGAAGAGCAGUACUUAAAGUCGUUAAAGAUAAUUUAAGGUAUUACCGUAGCUCUGGCGACAAAUUUUGCCAACUCUGUGCUCGUUGAAAUUUCGUCUCAACUUGGUGUAUAAAACACCCGGCGUAACACUAAUAUUGUAAUUAAGCUCCGUCACAAAUAAGGCAUUGAUACGCCUUGUUUUGAUAUUAAAUCUGCUUUUAAAUAUGCCCUUUCAUCGACCUUUGCCGACCGGAGAUAGAAUAUAGAAGGAAUUUUUGUAAAAUCGUUUGUGAAUAGUAAUUGCAAAUGUUAUAUACCCAUAGUAACUGUACUGUAUCAGAUAUUUGGUCAAUAUUUGCGCACUGAACAUAUUUUGUUACCAGCAUUUGUAUCCAUUUGUCGAAGGUCACUGACAUAAUUUAAUCAACGGCCGUCUAUGGAGACGAACUGCUCGUCGACAGAUAAAAAACAAAAUGUUGUCACGGUGAGAUCGUCGUCCCGCGCACAGUGCAGCAGUUAAACUCGCAGCGAGAACUUGCAUCUAAUUACAAUAAACUGUCGAGCAUUAUGAUUGGAUAAAAGUACUAGCAGCCAGCUUGCGAGUCUUUGAAUUAGCAUAAUUUGCAAAAAUGUUAUGAUUAAAAUACAUCAAAGUGAUCAAACCAAAAAAUAUUAAUUUAAUACGCCACAUGCAUGAUUUUUUAAAAGCUCAUUAGAAUAUGACGCGUUACGGUAUGUUACGAUUCCUAACUCUUAAUUCUACAGAAUUUUUUCUAUUCUGUCAACCAAAAUAUAUUGCUUUUAAAUAGUACCUACAUGCAACAACCAUUAUAUAUCAAUUUUCUGUAAAGAUCUGUUAUUAAUUCAUUAAUAUGGAUAUUUGAUACGCGUUAAUGACUAAUGUUGUCAGACAAUUAAGUUCUUUGUAGUUUUGCAUCGCGAUGGCAUCGUAUGUUUAUUUUAUUCAAAUUUGUCGUUCCAUACUUCUGGAUCUUCAUCACUGAUAUAUUAUUAGCACUGAUGAAGAUGGAAAACUUUGCAAUAAUAAAUCAUAAAUAUACGUAGACAAAUACUUCAUAAGUAUUAUACUUCUGUCAACAACUUGAUUGCACAUAAUAUUAAUCUUGUUAAUAAAAUUCAUAAAUAGCAUCGUAAUCGUAAUUUUGACGUUCUUGCCAAUGUUUUCAUUGCCAAUUGGCAACAUCACCCUCGUAUUUCUUCCUAUGCAUGGUCAUAUGAUGGUCAUAUGAUAGUCACGUAAAAUUUGUUAUGGUUAACUUCCAAACAAAGAGCUUUCGCUCGAAACUUCAAAAUGUCAUAGAGUUUCAUAGAGCGGUUUUGCAGGGAUGAAGACUUGUUAGAACCCAAAAUAAUGAAAUAAUUUGUACGUUAGGAUCUAGGAAUGAGUUUAAUAGAAAUCUCCGUUUUUGUAAAACCGCGUUCGGGGUUGAAAUACGCCUUUCUUAUUGCAUGAACGCAAGUUACUCAACAUUCAGUAUCUUUCUUUUAUUGUAGUUCUUGCAUUGUUGUUUUUCAUCUACGGGUUUUCAUCAAACAACGAGUUUCAAGUAUCGGCAAGAAAAACCCAAUACUUAGGUAAAUGAUGACAUUUUUAUGUUUGAAUGAACUCCAUCAGUUCGUUCAAUAGUUCAGUGUUGUUAGAAGAGAAAGAAACUGCAGAAACCAGCCGAAGAAAACCAGGGCUUUCGGCGAAACAAAGUCGCUGGCGGGCGCCUCCACUUUUUUCUCCUUAUCACCUGAGAAAGAAAUGAAGGGACAAAUUCCUAGUAAAAUCCUUCAGAGUCUUCCCUGUAUAGUAGGUAAGCAUUAUAUAUUUUUCUUUUAGCUCGAAGACAUCCCUGGCCUAAUGCUACAAUACCUUACGUGAUUGAUUGCAGUAUUGGUAAGAUUUUAUGAGCGCCCGUGUUGUAGUCUACAGACACAAGGCGAUGAUGAGUUAUUGCAUCCAUAGUCUUUCAAAACAUGGUUUGGAAACUCCGCUAAAGUCUUUGUUCUAUCUUUUUGUUCGCGUUUAUGCAGUUUUGUGCACGGUGCACGGUCAAUGAACACAUUGUAUUUCAGUAUAAUGAACGAAUCAUCCAAUAGCAACGUUUCAGUUCAGUCAUUCAACAAUGCUAUUUAAAUAUUAAUAAACCUAAAACAAAGGAUGUGCACAGUGUAAGGUACGGCUCAACAUAAAAUCCCAGCUCAUUAUAACCGCUUUGAAGUUUACUGAGUUUCCAGACCAUGUCUCGAAAGACUAUGUUGCAUCAAACUCGAAGGUAACUGUUCUAUCACGUCAAUGAAUAAAAUUUGGAUUCUCUUCCUCUCUUUAGCAAACGUUGUUGGUGCAAAAAGUAUCAUAAAAGCAGCAAUGGUUGCUUGGGAGAAGAAAACAUGCAUUAGAUUUGUAAAACGAACGAAUCAACAAGCAUACUUGCUCAUACGAAGAAAAAAAGGGUAAGAACAGAAGUCAAUAAAAUAACAUGUAAACUACAUACACAACUUUUUCCUAAAACUGUCGCAUGCAACCUGUUUACAACUUGAGUUGUACACAUCACAAGCAGAUUGCAUGCGACAGUUGUAGGCAAAAGUUGUGUAGUGUAAAUUAUAUCUCAUUUCCAGAUGCUGGGGUCAGGUUGGCUACAAACGACGAGUGACUUUUCUCUCAGUGGGCGACGGUUGCGAAUAUAAAUUCGUCAUGAUGCAUGAACUGGGUCACGUGAUUGGAUUCUUCCAUGAACAUCAACGGGCUGAUAGAGAUGAAUUUGUUGAGAUUCUUUGGGAUAAUGUUAUGAAUUGUGAGAAAAUAUGAAUAUUUGAAGAGUUUAAAUCAAACUAAACUAACUUUAUUUAUGCUGGAUAGCUCUAUCAGUUCUAAACUGUUCUCCAGGGUUCGUACAAAACUUGAAAGUCCUUGAAUGUCCUUGAAUUUGAAAACAAAAAUUCAAGGCCUUGAACGUCCUUGAAUUUGUAAAGAAGUACUUGAAUGUCCUUGAAUUCUUCUUGCUUUAGUUUUUGGAUAUUUUCUGAAAUUGUGUGACAUUCAAGACGGACAUUUUGUUGAACUGAUUUUGCAUGUUCAUAUCUGACCUCAUUAUAAAGUAGUUACGUUUUGAACAAUUCGACGUCAGAUUUUGCUGAUUUCUAACGCCUUCUUCAGUAUUUAGUCCUUGAAUUUGCUGAUACAUGGCCUUGAAUGUCCUUGAAAAGUCCUUGAAUUUAACUCUUCCUGACCUGUACGAACUCUGGUUCUCCCUAGAGGUCCAGUAAGGGUCACCUCUUAUUGAUCCAGUGUUACUACAGAAGGAAACCUAAACUAACUUUAGUUAUACUGGAUAACUCUAUCAGUUCUAAACUGUUUUCCCUAGAGGUUCAGUAAGGAACAUAUCGUGUUACUACAGGAGGAAACCUUGACAAGUCGUGAGAUUUUUAAUGUGUAUACCUGGAGGAAUAACAUGCUAACAUUAUUUUGUACCUAUUUCCAGCAAUGUUGAAACAGUUUUACAUACGUCCACAAGAAGACCAUAUGGACACUGAGCUGCCGUACGAUUACUCCAGUAUCAUGCAUUACAAGUUCGUGGCAUUUGCAAAAAACGAUUCGUUGAAUUCCAUUGCAAUCAGGGACAAGAACUCAACAGAGGAACACACGCCAUACAGUUAUAUUACCGACCUGGAUGUACGCAAGACUCACGAAAUGUAUAAUUGUCCCUACGGUAUGUAGAAUAUUUUAUUAAAUACAGUUUCCCUCCAAGAACUCUCCAUGUAACGGAGGAGUAAAACUCGUCACGUAAAAACGCACAAGUUAUAGCAAUGCUGUUCCAACAACUUGUCAACAGGAUAUGUUCGCACUGCUUUUUCCUAGCCUGUUUGUUGAAUAGUUAUCAACGACUUGUUGACAAUCUGCUACAAAGUUACUGAGCUCAACAGACUUGUUCCAGCAACUUGUUAUCAUCCUGCAAUUCAAUAAUUUGUCAACAAGUUGUGAAUGACAACCUUGUAGCAACUUGAAUGAUAAAAUAACAGCAUUGUUGCAACUUGUUGACAAGCUUGCUCCAAGCCUGUUGCAAGUUAUGAGAUUUUUGCGUGUGUGUUGUGAUGAACUUGCAAGUUGAAAACCGUCUAACAUCUAUCUUCUUUUACCAGUUGAAACAAACAACAAAAGUAGCAACAAGACGGAGGAAUUGGACAAAGGUUUGGACCAUAAUUUCUAUGUACACAUUGAACUAUGAGAAAAUAUUGUACAAGUACUAUUUUGUAUUAUAACUUGCAGAUGGUAUGAAGAGAAAAAUGGAAGAAAAGAAUAAAACACCGGUAGAAAUUGUAGUUGAAGGUAAUUAUGUUAAAUUGAAAUUCAGAAAACGUGUGGAGACCUCUAUCACUUUAGCGGUUCUGAGUUGUUCUUUAUAGUGGUCCAGUAUUCAGUAAGUGCCUUGCUUUAUUCGCGGAUUUGUCCAGUGUUACAAACUACAGGAGGAAGCUGGAGUAGCCAUGAAUGUAACCCAGGUCACAGAGAUGUAAAAUACUACCAACAUCACAAUUUACAGUGUUAUUAUAAUCCUAGCUGUUGAAGUUUCAUUGAUGAGCCCCGGAUGGUUAGUGACCAACAGUCGUGAUAGAACUGCCAGUAUUAUGGUGAAUGGAAAAGAAAUGACACGAAAUAAAUUUGGAAUGAAUAUCAUUGUGUUUAAUUAUUUAUCUGGUAAGUACAGGGGAGCUGUAUCAGUUUCAAACUGUUCUUUCUAGCAGUGGAGCAUGCAAUGGGGCCAUCCCUUAUUGGUCCAGGGUCACUUCAGAAGGUCAAACUAACUAACUUAACUUAUGCUAAAUAGCUCUGUCAGUUGUAAACAGUUAGAGCAUCUAACAGCAUCCCUUAUCAAAGUUAAAAAGAUAACUUUAUUUAUAUUUUAUUUCGUUAGGAAAACGAACGCAUUCUAUCGCCCUUAGUAUCACAACCAAACGAGCAGGAGAGCUGUUCUCAAAUUACAUCAAAUCAAUUGCCCGAAGGUAUGAAAUUUAUGCGUCAGACGGUAAUAGUGGGUUGGACUGGCCGUUCAGUCACAUUAAUGAAAACUUUCCAUCUUCAAUCUUUAUCUUUUUCUGUAGGAAUUACUUCUUAAUCGUAAGUAAAGUUCCUUCAUUCUCCCACUUGAGAGAAGCGAGAUUGGCUCUGAAGGAUAUUGGGAUAAAACUACCAAACUACAUUGCUCGUGGUAGCUCCAUAUGUAUCGUCGGUUACAAAGGAAGAGAUGAUGUCUCCGUGAAAUAUGUGAUUGGCUCGCCAAAGGAGAAAGCUUCGUUCCUAUCAAUGAACAUUACAUUACCCUCUGGUGAGAUUCCCCCCUGGCUAUUGGUGGGGGUUUAGUAAAGGGCGGGAGGUGGUAAGUGUCCCCCAGGGGUUUCUAGGGAACAAGACAUAUGUUCAAUGGGAACAAGUGAGCAAAGCAAAAAAAUCAUAGGAACAAGGGAAGAUGUAAGCUUGGGGGAGGAAAACGUUUCAAACGAAUACAGACCCCUCCACUACAUCUCUCAGUUCUAUUUAUUUACCUCCAAAUACAAGAUUACUACAUAUAAUGAAAAAAAAUAAUUCUCACUCUAAUAACCACUGGUUAUCCGCCACCUGCUACACGAUAGUGCUGAGUGAGACUCACAGAUUAUUUAUGUAUUUGUUAGAUUACAGUUGUCAGAACGAUGCUCCGAAAUGCUUGGCAAGAGCAAGAGAAGGAAAAUGUCAGAAAAAACCAAAUUACUACCUUAAAGCUUGUCAAAAAGCUUGUGGCUCGUGCACGAAAGGUGUGUAUGUACUACUUUGUGAAAUCAUGACCGUGAAGGAGUUUGUAUAUCUGAUACAAAAUCAUGCUGAUUUACAUAAACUUUAAGUUCAAUUUUCUCACCAAAUAUCAUUGAAGAAUGCGAAUGUUCUCAUCAAGACGUUUCACAAGCCAUUUACAAAAUUCAUGUCCGUGUUGUAUCGGAUAUACAAACUUUCGCGUUCUCCCUAGUCGAGUUUGUAUAUCCGAUAGAACACGGCGGCUCAUGUUGUAAAUAGAACAUACAGUAUAACCCAUUGUGUGUUGGUUCUGAAUCGAUAUCGCAAAAUAGAUUUCCGACUCUGUCUCGUCUCAUAUGAACAGAGUCUCAAUCAUUAUCUUUCAGGCAAACCUUGCGAAGACGAGAACUCGAAGUGUGCAGACUGGGCAAAGAAGCAAUACUGUCGCUCACAUGCGGCUUACAUGUUAAAAUAUUGCAAAGUCAGUUGUGAGGUCUGUAGAAAAGGUAGGAACAAUUCGUAGAAAAUAUGACCAUUAGAAACGUGCAUGCGAGGGGGGGGGGGGGGGGGAAAAAUCCAUACAUGCAAAAAUUUGAAAAAUCCAUAUAUCCAGGAAGGCGGCAGAAAAAAUAUAUUAAAAAAAUGACAAGUUUCAACACAAACACAUAACCGAAUCGUAAAAAACAUGAUUCAUGAAGAAACCUUCCUCUUCCCCCCCUCCUCCUUCCCAGUGCAUGCUUAUUUUCACUGCUUCGUGACAGGGUUUGUUCCUGCAGUUUUCUGAUUGUAUCUUGUCUCACUCACAUGUGAGAAGAGUGCUUCCAGUUUGACUCUACCAAACACCACGUGUUUUCGUCAACUACCCCAAUUUCCUCCUGUGGUAACACUGGAUAAAUAAAGGGUUAUUCUUCUUGUUCAUCUAGCCUUACCAGCGCGAAUUAAAGCGAAAGGAGACAGUUCAAAACAGAAACGUAAAAUUGUGGUGGUGAACGAUACUAAGAAGAGAGUGAAAAAAUACCUGCCUGGGAAUGAAGGCGAUGAAGAAUAUGAUGGAAGAGCGAUAGGUGGGGAAUUGAUAGAAAUGUUGGUCGGGUCUGUACUGCAGAUGGACUGUACGUGUGGACGGACUUAAGUAAAGAAAAGAUAAUUGGUCUGAUAAUUCACCUGUGUAUAGGUCCGACAAACAGACAGAUCAUACGUCCAUAUUUGUGUGUAAAUAUAGCAUUAGACGAACUUUCAGGAAAAUACUGUAUUAGGCAUGUCUUGACAGAUUAUUUCUGAGGGUUUCCCGGGGGUCUGUAUUCCCGUGUUCCCAAUGCCAAAAUAUACCGUAUUCCCUUAUUGCCUUGUUUCCUAGAAACCCAAGGGAGACCCUCGUAUUCGGUAUUGAUCGCCAUUAUAAUGUGUGAAGUUUCUUCAUGAUCCUGAAACCUGUCAUCCAUGACUUCUCCGGAGCAUCCCUUAUUUCAAGGGUGAAAUCGUCUGGCAUUAGACAGAGUAAAAAACUCAUCACAUUCAACCACCUGCUUAGCUUCUCAUGCUAGUUUAUUAUCCCCCAUAAGGUACAAGAUGUUCAGAUAAAAGUGAAACCUGUCCUCUCUGGGCAAGGGUUGGUCGUUGUAAAUCAGACCCCUGGGUAAGAAGGAAUUGUCUCAUCAGUUGUAAAAUCAAAGGCACGUGUGACAGACAACAAAUUAAACCUGAAGGUAAGCAUAUAUAGCAAUGAAAAAACUCAUUUUUGCUUUUACUGAAACGCAUUAAUUAAUGCUGCAAUACACUGUGUUGUAUUCGUCUGUAUGAAUUUAUAUUCGGUUUCUGUAUUUCUUAGGAACUUGUUCGCAGCCAUUUGGUCUCGGCUGGGAUCGGAGAAUUCCAGAUUACAGAUUUACUGCUUCGUCUAUUUAUACGAUAGGUAUUUCACUUUGAAAUGUUUUGCAGUCUUUUUAUGUUCUCUGUCAUAUACGACGAAGAUGAACUACCUACACCACCGCUAUAAAGACCAGUUUAUAAAUGUCAAAGUUUCUGUGGUCACAGUAGGAAUUUUUAUAGGUAAAUUCUAUGUUUUGAAGGAUUUGUAAGUUAGUUCAAACCUUUCUUUUGUUAAUCUAGAGCUUGAAAUGUCGCCUGUAACAAUUCGUAACUGCCAAAUCUCAUCGAAUCUCAUUCUCUUUGCCCGGGGUUUACAGUAAUGUAGUUAGCUUAGGUGCAUGUUAGCAAUUUAUGACUUCAGUGCAUGUUGUGUGUUGUAGGCUCAUUAUUUGAGUAGACUUUCGCGUCUGCAAUAUUGGCUUCGUUAGAAACAAUGCAUGUAAAUGUGACAUCAAUCGGCUGACGAAAAUCAUAGCGUGUGUGUGCUUGUAUUUGGGUCUGUGAGACUGGCUAGCCAUCACAGCUCUGAAUAUAUAUGAAGCUUGCGAAUUUCGAUACACUUAGGACCACUUGAGGUUACGUCGUCUUUUCAAAUAAUCCUCUAGGAGAAUGGAAUGCGAGUGCAGACAACGCAAGAUUGUACAUGGAGGAUGAUUUCACGAACUUUCGCAUCGGCUCUUGGUGCUCAGAAUAUCCUGCGAAGCAAGGAGAAUGGUUGAAGGUUGAUUUGGGAAGAAAAAGGAAAAUUACAGCCGUGGCUACUCAAGGUCCAACUAAAUUUAAUUUUUUAUCAUUUGAAAUACGAUUUUGUAUAGAUUCCCGCCUGUUUCUCGUAAAAGAGGCCGUUCUCUCCAUGUUCUCUUAACUGAUUUCUUAAGAAUGUGACGAUAAUAAAUUAUGUACUUCAUUGCAGGAAGAUUCCGUUAUUACGAACACGUAAAGACGUACAAAUUAUCAUUUAGCAAAGAUGAUAAGAGAUGGGAAUAUUAUCAGGAAGAUGGGCGUGUAAAGGUGAGCUGAAUUGCUUAUUAUUAACGGCAAGAAACUAAUGAAAACUAGACUCUCUUUAGAACUCUAUCAGCUCAAAAGUACAUGUUCUUCCUACAAGUCCGAUUAAGGCCAUAAUUUUCCCAGUGUUACUUCAGGAGGAAACCGGAUUUACCCGGGCCCGGAGAAAACCUAGUAUAUGUUAAUGGAGAAGACAAACUAGAGGCACUUUUCUUACAUGCAACUGAGGUGAAAUUAUAGUCAGACCUCUGCCAGCGAUCAAACCACGGUCACACACAUGAAAAACACUUGCAGUAACCAGUGUACCACCUUGAAAACAUCUUUAGAACAUUGUUAUAACAGUUUUACAACAUGAUAAUAGCAUUAUAAAACAUAUAACAUCAGUAUCAUGUUAUCGAUUUUCAACAAACUCUGAUCAAUUUUCAUUCUUAUCCAACAGGAAUUGAAAGGCAAUUGCGACCAUGGUUCACCAGUAUUAAACAUUUUAGACAAAACUGUCCUCGGACGUUAUGUGAGGUUUCAUCCAAUCAAAUACUAUGAAGGAAUAUGUAUGCGUGUGGAAGUCUAUGGUUGUAGAGCUUAAAUGAUGGAAGAGUGAUGAGAAUGAAAAGAAAACUCGAAGAAAGUGAACGGCGAAGCUCUCUAAUACAGACACUGAAGGCAAUGAGCAAAGAGUCCGUAAUUAGGCGAUUGACGUGUUAUGUUUUUAUGUAUUUACGGAUCCGUAUUAUGAUUUACGGAGGUUUUUAACGUACAUAUUUGAAGAUUUUGUCGUGACAUACGACAUUGCUUGUAACGAAGAGGUGUCCGUAUUAAAGAGAGAGUUAAAGAGAUGUUUAAGGUUUAUAUUUUGUAUGUACAGCAUGUAUUAUAUAUGAUAUAUAUUGUAUGUAAUAUGAGAAGAAAUUUGUAUUGUAAUAUGAGUUUAUACUAGUGCAUUUUAUAUUGUCCAUUGUGUCAAAAAUGUACAUUUACUUUUAAAAUAAGUUUUUGAAUUGUUUAAUUAAAAUAAAUUGUUAAAA